AUGUUGUACGAAGAGUUCCUUGGGAUCAGGCCUAGUCAGAUUGCCUCUGCAUCAUACUUCCUCGCCGAGUCACUCCUGAAGUAUGCAAAUCAUACAGCAGACCUGACAAGCUCUCCCAUACGGUUGUGGGACAGUGUGGAUAGGGGCGAGGAUAAUGAAGACGAUGAAGACGAUGAAGACGAUGAAGACGAUGAAGACAAUAAGGAGGAUGAGGAGGAUGGGGACGAUGGGGAUGAUGGGGAUGAUGGGGAUGAUGGGGAUGAUGGCAUAAAUGGUGCUGACAGU